GUCGAUCAUAAAGUGCAAAGGACAGAGUGAAACUGUAACAGCAGCACACACAGUGUUCAAACUGCAGAACAAGCAGUCUUGGUGAGCAGAAGAGACUUUCAAAAAUAUAAGAAAUCUAGUGUGGAGGUUUUCUGUUUGCAGUUCAUGAAAUGAUGCAACCAAAGGAGGAAUCUGGAGAUAUAACAGAGCCAUGUGGAGUCAGAUCUGAAGAAGUUCUGAGCGUGAUUCAUGAAGAAGAUGAAGAGGAGGAAGUGCCACUGGUGAAGAGUCCAGCACACAAGCGUCACUAUUGCAGGGAGUGUGGGAAGAGCUUCAGCGUGCGAGCGCGCUUCAGACGACACAUGCACAUACACACCGGAGACAAGCCCUACCGCUGCUCACACUGCCAGCGCUGCUUCACGUCUCAGGAGAACCUGUCCGAGCACACACACACACACUCCGCACACAGACCCCACCGCUGCUCACACUGCGGCAAGGGCUUCUUCAGACCCGGCCGGCUGGAGAUCCACCGCAGGAUCCACACUGGAGAGAAGCCCCAUCACUGCAGUCAGUGUGAGAAGAGCUUCAGGAGCGGCGAGGAGCUGCAGCGGCACACACUCAUACACACACAGCAGAAGCAGCACCACUGCUGUCAGUGUGAGAGGAGCUUCAGGAGGAGCACACAGCUGCACAGACACAUGCGCACACACACCGGAGAGAGACCCUACAGCUGUGAGCAGUGUGACAGGAGCUUCUCACGGCCUGAACACCUCAGGACCCAUCAGCUCCGAGCUCACCCGAGCCAGACGCAUGAGCCCGCUUAACACCCAGCUCCAGCCCUGGCUCCGCACCGGACUCCCCCGAACACAGGAGCUCCACUCACAGACCGCCUCCUCACACAACUCCUCUCUUUUCUGUUCAUGCUGGUAUAAUUGCAUGAGUGAAGAAAAGAGGUUCAUCUGACUUGGGUUACCUAAUGCUGUAAUAAAUGACUUCAUUGCAAUAUAAAACUGGAGGAUCAUUUUUAUUUUGAGAAAUUAUGGUUUUCUUCAUUCGUUUGUAUGAAUAAGAAUACUUUAUUAGGAAAUGACAUGUAAUCCAGACGAUUUUAAUCAUCUAUAGAUCUAUAGAAAACUGAUUAAUAACAAUAAUGAAAGAAGUUCACCCUUGUGAAAAAGGAGGAACCUUAGCAUUCUUUUAAUGAGCUCUUAUUACAAUAUAUGUAUGUAUGUACGUAUAAUGGCUUUUAUUUGUAUAAAUCACUUUUA